AUGCGUGCAACAAUUGAGAAGAUGUGUGCAAGUCUCGAGAUGGCUGAGGCGUCCUCGUUAGAGCUGCGACGUACAGCAGAUGAAUGGAUCAGUUUCACUGCUAGGAUGCGUGAGGAGGCGGAUGCGGUUCACUCUGUGGCGACUUCUCUUUCUUGUUCUUUGCUGCCUCUCGUUGACGAGGUGACGGAUUUGCUGCGUGAUGUAGAGUCGCUACUGGCCACGAGCUUUGCAGAGGAGACUCGCUCUGCCAUGUUACGCUCCCUUGCUCAUCCUACAGCCACUGCUGCUGCUGGUGGUGGUGGUGGUGGUGGUGUGCAGUAG